UUAUAGGCUAAUGUGUAUAACCCGUGUGAUGUUCUAAAAGCUAAAUGUUGAGAUGGACAGAACAGUGAGCUCGCACUAGUGCACUCGUAAAUGUGCAGUGUGCACCGCUGUCUCAUUUUUAUCCUGAGUCACCCGCACAGUUUAUCUGCCAAGACUGCAGCGAAUAUUAUAUUCCACAGAUUUGUACAGUUUAAGCACAAGAUCGUUAUCCUAAAUGAAUGAGACCACAUAGCGAAUUAUACAUUUCAUCUGCCCUGUUCGAGGGACUGACUACAAUAUUGCCUUUCUGUCUAUAACAGUUUAUGUCAGGUGUGAAAAAUAUCCUUGCUAGUCACCGAAUUAGAUGAAAUGUAAUCUCAAUAUAGUUCAUUUUUACCACACAAAAAUGACAUUUUAAAUGAGGCUGGACGAAGAUUACAAUUUUAGUUAGAAUUUUCAAAGACAAGCAUGAGAACAGUCAAAUAAUUGAACAUAGGUUUUAUUUUUUAUAAUGCGUCGUUCAUUUCAUAACAACAUGAUAUCAUCAAACAAAUUGCAUUUGUACAUAUAUCAUGUAAAUAUGGACAACAUUAGAACACAAUAAAAAAAAUAAACAUAAUUGAAAAACAGUGACGAUGCAAACAACUUUAGUAUCAAGGUACCACGCCCUCGCAAAAGCAAAGAUAAAGGCUCUUUAGUUGCAAUUAACCCAAGGUUUUUUUUUUUUUUUUUACAGUUACAGUUAUGUAUAGAUGUUUCUGAGGAAUGUGUAACAAUAAACAUAUUAUAUAUGUUUGUUCUGUAUAUGCCACAGUUAUUAUAACAAUUUGAUUAGAUGCAUUGAUCCCCACAAUAUGCCACAGCCUCCCACCAAAUCUUUCAAUUAUUUAUACUAUGAGAUAAGAUUUAGUUUUCUAAAUCUUUAGUUAGAUUUAGAUGUAGUUUUCACUUUGUUCCGAGAUUCUAAAUUAUAUUGCUUCGGCGUAUAUUACAAGGAGAAAUCAGUUCCACGCCACAUCAAAAAGUAGUCACGCCUUGCUUUAAAACACAUAAGGGGUUAAUGAAACGGCAUAAAAGCACAAAUAUAGUUUAGUUGUUUUCCUGAAUCAAAAACUUUAAUUAGCUGUGUAACAAGAUAUUUUACUGAGAGGAGUAAUAGCACUUAUACUUUGAGUCUAGUCUCUGUAAAUUAUUUAACUAAUAUACCAUUGUAACCGUUUUAAUAACUUUUUGUCGUACAAAUGUAAUAUUAAGAGUCUGAACUGCCCACGUAUUGUUAUUUGGUGUGUCUAUAUUUUGGUAAAGUCUGCAUGUUCCCACGGAAAACAGGACGGGAAAAAAAGCCUGACCUCAUGUGGACGAUUUCAUACUGGGCCUAACACUGACAAUGACUGCAGACCAAAAAACUGAUUUUCAAAUGUCGCAAUACGCUUGGAAGAAAAAUGUUACGUAUUGUCACAUAUAGGCUACUGAAAAAUGUUCAAGCGAUGUCAUUUUUUAAACGACGGCAUGACAUUAAAUUAGCCUAUUUUAAUAGAUUUUGUAGGAUAUUUUUUUUAAUGUGCGAGCCACUAUUAAUAAUUUAAAUAUGAAAUUAGUAGUUUAAUAUAAUUUUAUUUUCAGUUAACAAGAUUAGGCUCUGUGUCUCGUAUUACAACAAUUGGAAUUAAGUUCGAUAGAAUCGCAAAAAUGACAAAUUGCAUAAAUGCAAAGGAACAGGAAGUACAAAUAAUUUACAAAACUUGUGUAGACUGUGUCAUGCAGAUGCAUUUUCAAAAAUAUCUAAAGUAAAAUUGCUAAAAAGUUAACAACGCCUUUUCCUAGCUUUAUCUCAUACAAUUUUAAGAGCUAUGCGAACAGUCAAUCGUCUGUUUUCUAGCAUGGGACAAAGGUUUGAUGAGAAUUCUUUCACAAGCGUAGUGUUGGUUUUAUGUUAUAUCAGGAUCAACUGCAGUUUUAUUAACGACACGUUUAUGAACAAUCAAAUGGUCCUCGUAAAAUUUAUUGAAGGACAUAAAAGCACGAGCACUUGACGAAUCUAGCCGCGGUUGUGGUGCGUUUUCAGGCGUCUUACUAUUCCCACCUCCCCGAUUUUUUUAAAACUCCAUUUUAUGAGGGAUAUCCCAAUUGUAUUUAUUUGAAACUCGUGGAAAAUAGGACUUCAGUGCGUAAAAGCAACCCACUAGACAACACAAGAGCCGUAUAUUUGUCAAAAUCAUUCCAUUGGGUCCUCUCCAAUUACAUAUAAAUUAAUAGUGAAACUGAUAAAGAAAUAUUAUAACAGUUUCUUUUUUCUAACUGUUUUAAUAAAUAACAUUGUGCAGUGAGGGAUGUGCACAAGGCUAGCCACAGCACAGUAGCAUUCUCUCGACAGAGAUUGAUUACACCAACAAAUAGUGCCCUUUUUAAGAUCGUUAACACACACUCUCUGCUGCUUCGUAAGGCUACAAGUAACUAUUUACCUUAAUUAGUUGCAUCACAAUAUACUAGAAACACACCAUCUUCAUAUAUUAAGGCUCGAACACCCCCCACCCCACCCAAAAAAAAGAGACAACAUUAGUAUUAAGCAACCUACUGCAAGCUCGAAGUGCAUUGCUGUUCCAGGAGAACGCGCGCAUUGAUCUGCUGUGCAGUUUUUCAGGGGGUAAAUGCAAUCACGUGUUCUAUAGGCGUCCAAUCCCAGCUGGAGAAGCUUUCUGAAAUAAUUACCUGUCUUGAUUGUUCUACGGUCAGAUAAAAAAGUACACAUACACUCCAUAUAAUAAUCGGAUGCAUGUAAAAGAGAAGGGAAACAUCGCCAUGUCGGCUACGGGUCCCAUAAGUAAUUAUUAUGUGGAUUCCUUGAUCAACCAUGAGAGCGAGGAUGUUCUAGCGAGUCGUUUCACAGCCACUGGUCCGAUUUCCUCCAGCUCACGCCCGACGCCCCUGGUCCCGGAAUGCGCGGAUUACCCGUCUUGCAGCUUUGCCCCGAAACCACCAGUCUUUACUACCUCAUGGGCCCCUGUUCACUCCCAGUCGUCAGUGGUUUACCAUCCAUACACUCACCAACCUCACCUAGGCACAGACUCAAGGUACGUUCGCUCUUGGCUGGAGCCUAUCCCCGGUACCGUGUCUUUUCCAGGAUAUGCAGGGAACAGCAGGCACUACGGGCUGAAGCCCGACACCUUCCAGGAUCCCCGUGCUGGAGACUGUUUGGGCUCGAACGGACGCACUUACACGGAUUACAUUUACUGCUCUGCCGUCGACAUUCGGGAAAAGCAGCAGAAUACACCAUCGCCUGAGACGGAGAGUCUGUCUUCCGGGAAGCACAAAGACAAGGCUGAAUUAGACCCGAAUAAUCCUGUGGCAAACUGGAUCCAUGCGCGCUCUACUCGAAAGAAGCGUUGUCCAUACACCAAGUAUCAAACUCUCGAACUCGAAAAGGAAUUUUUAUUCAAUAUGUACCUCACAAGAGACCGGCGAUAUGAGGUAGCAAGGGUGCUGAACCUGACGGAGAGACAAGUCAAAAUCUGGUUCCAGAACCGACGGAUGAAGAUGAAGAAAAUGAACAAAGAAAAAAACGACAGUAAAGAAAAAUAGAUCAAAAGUCACUCAUCAGAAAAAGACUGAAGGAAAAUCAUCAUUUAGUAUCGUUAUGAGUCUUAACAUUUGCACCUCCGGCCCACAACAACAACAGAGAAAAUAAAAAGACUAUCCUACAUGGAAGUCCUUCAAAACGUGAUGAUAUAAGUAUGAUUUGAUGUAAGUGUAAUUUUACCAUCCUGACGUAAUUCAUAUUAAUACCAUACGCAAUUUGGAUUUACAUAACAUUUAUUUACUCACAAAUACAAAUAAAAGUGGACUCUGCAGAGAGGCUGCCCCGAAGUCUCAGAGAGAAAAUACUUGAACUACUUUAUUUUCAAAUUCCUAAUUUAUGCUAUCUACGUUGUUGUUUCUUUUCUAUGCUUCCAUUAUUUGUAGGAGGUUUUAAAAAAGCUGAAUAUUUUAUAAAGGGUAACAAUUCUGUAGUUAAACAAAAUAUACGUGUUUGCGUCGAUGUGCUUAGUUUGUUUCUGAUGUACCUGUUUGUGUAUUUUACAUUCUUUAAAAUGUAAAUGAGUUUCAUCAUAGAUUGUAGAUAUAUCCAAAUAUAUACAACCAUGUUAA